AUGAAUAAGGAGGCGAUCACAUUGAAACAAGAGGAUGAUAUUACAGUGAAAGAGGAAUAUGGGAACGAGGUUGUCAAAGUGGAAAAAGAGGUAGAAGCUUUCAGAAUCAAAAAGGAGGAAGAUGCCGUAAAAUUGAAAGAGGAGGAAGACUCUUUUGGAGUAAAAGAGGAGGAUAUCUCAAUAAAAGAGGAAGACGUUUUGGGAGUGAAAAAUGAGACUGAAGAUCCGAUUACCACCAAAGAAAAGAGUCUCUCCAGAUCAGAACACCAGAUGGACAACGCUAGCCCCUCCUCCCUCCCGGAGUCCCCGUUUCGUACCUCUUCCGGUAACACCUUACUGCUGGGUAGGAAGAGGUUGUCUGUGCUGCUGGUGGACUGCAGGAAAACAACGGAGCUGAGUGGAACUGUGAGAGGACGACAAGAGAAGAAAGGAUCAGAUUUGACUGAAAAAAUUGACCAGGAGAGUGACACAGAAGAAAUGGAUGAGGACUCUGUGGGUGACCAGAGUUUUGAUUCCAGCGCAGAAGAAAUGUUUUUGGAAGGAAAGGAUCUACUUUUUGAUCAUCCCAGCGAUUCUGAUUGGGAGCCCAUACUGCCAAGGUGCAAAUCCCCCACUGAAGCUGGUCCAUCCAGCCGGACCCCUGCUGUCUCCGGCACCACACCUACCCCCGCCCGGCCAUCAAGAGGUGUGAAGCCGGUGACAAAGAAGCGGAGGAAGGGAAGUGUGGAACCUGCUGGCAGUGCGGAGGAGGGUCGUUGGCACUCUGUGCUGGAGGAGGAUGUGGCCCCACCACCUCCAAUUUUCAGACCAAAGAGGCCACCAGGUCCUCAGCUGGACAUGAACUCCAAGUACAGCCCCAUGCAACUUUUUCAGUUGUUUUUCACCUCGGCAGUUGUUGAUUCCCUGGUGUUGAACACUAAUAAGUACGGAGCUAAGAAGCAGGAAGGCAAGAAAGAGACAUGGAAGCCCAUUUCCAGGUCAGAUCUUUUUUGUUACUUUUCUAUGGUCAUUUACAUGGGUCUUGUGAAGCUAAAAACCCUGAAGGACUACUGGAAAUCUGCACCCUCUAUCAACUGCCUUUCCCCACCACGGUCAUGUCGUGCAAAAGGUUUCUGA